UUAUUGGGGUUAUUGGAUCCUCCCCAGUUGAGGAAGGAUGGUGAAGUGAUCAUUGGUGGAAUUUUCUCAUUCCACAACAGCUGGGAAGAGACCAUACCCACCUAUACAUUAAUGCCAAAGAAGCCACAUUGUAAGAGUCUGAGCCUCAGAGAAUUUAAAAAUGCACAGACCAUGGUGUUUGCCAUUGAGGAGAUCAACAACCGGACUGACAUUCUUCCUGAAGUCACUCUCGGCUAUAGAAUCUAUGACUCCUGUGGUUCUAUAGAAAUGGCAAUUAGAGGUGCUUUGUCUUUAAUUAAUGGAUAUGGAGGUGGCACAGAGUCUAUAUACUGCUCAAAACCUGAAACAGUACAAGCUAUAAUAGCAGAAACAUCUUCAACUCCAACUAUUGCCAUUUCUGCCACCAUUGGGCCUUUGCAUAUACCUUUGAUCAGCCAUUUUGCAACAUGUUCAUGCCUCAGUGAGAAAAGAAAGCAUCCGUCUUUCUUCAGGACUAUCCCCAGUGAUUACCACCAGAGCAGAGCACUAGCCAAGCUGGUCAAGCACUUUGGUUGGACCUGGGUGGGGGCUGUGUGCAGUGACAAUGACUAUGGGAACAAUGGCAUGAAAACAUUCAUAAAAGAAGCAAUGCAAGAGGGAAUAUGUGUAGAGUUUUCUGAGGCAUUUUUUAGAACGAACCCUAGAGAAAAUAUUUUGAGAAUAGCCAACAUUAUUAAAAGUUCAAGCUCAAAAGUCAUUGUGGCCUUUGUUUCUUAUUCUGACAUGGCGGUCCUUCUAAGAGAACUGUCCCUGCAGAACAUCACUAGUUUACAGUGGAUUGGUAGUGAAUCCUGGAUUUCUGACGUGAAUAUUGCCACAGGAGAAUGGAAGCACUUACUUGAAGGAUCCAUUGGUUUUGCCAUCCCAAAAGCAAAAGUCCCAGGCCUGGGAGAAUUUUUAACCCAUCUCAACUCAUCCACGGAAAUACCUCUAUACAAAGAAGUGUGGGAGGCAAUUUUUCAGUGUAGGUUAUCAAAAUCAGACAAAGUUGAGAGCACAAACAUAUGCACAGGCACUGAAAAUCUGGGUGAUGUUCAGAAUGAGUACACAGAUAUGUCAGAAUUACAAAUUGCCAGUAAUGUUUAUAAAGCUGUCUAUGCUGUAGCUCAUGCUCUCAGUAACAGGCAUGCCUGUGCAAAGAAGGAGCUUCACCAAGAGAGCACUCAUAUGUGCAAAAAUACAAUAAAUGAGUCAGAACCGUGGCAGGUUCUUAAUGACUUGAAGAGAGUGCAUUUCUCCAUUGCGACUGGAGAGGAGGUAAACUUUGAUGAGAACGGAGACCCUGCAGCAAGAUAUGACCUCCUGAAUUGGCAGCAGGGUCCGCAUGGACAAACUAAAUUUAUCAAAGUGGGUUUCUAUGAUGCUUCUUUACAAGAAGAUCUUCAGCUUUCAUUCAAUAACAUCAAAAUUAUCUGGACACAAAAACAGUAUAAUGUGCCUGUGUCAGUGUGCAGUGAGAGCUGUCCUCCAGGCACUAGGAAAGCUGUACAGAGAGGAAGGCCUGUCUGCUGUUAUGACUGUAUACCAUGUGCUGAGGGAGAGAUCAGUAAUGAGACAGAUUCCAUAACAUGCUUCAAAUGUCCACUGGAGCUUUGGUCAAAUGAACUACAGAAUGACUGUGUCACAAAAUUCAUAGAAUUUUUGUCAUUGAAUGAAAAGAUGGGAAUAAUUGUGGUGGCAUUUUCAUUGUUGGGUGUGAUUUCCACAAUAGGCAUUGCUAUAAUUUUCUCUAUGCAUAAAGACACACCUAUUGUGAAAGCCAACAACUCAGAGCUGAGCUUUCUCCUGCUCUUUUCUCUAACACUGUGUUUUCUCUGUUCACUUACAUUCAUUGGUCGACCCUCUGAGUGGUCCUGCAUGUUACGCCACACAGCUUUUGGCAUCACCUUCGUCCUCUGCAUCUCCUGUGUUCUGGGGAAAACAAUAGUUGUGUUAAUGGCCUUCAGGGCUACACUUCCAGGCAGUAAUGUCAUGAAAUGGUUUGGGCCCCUACAGCAGAGACUCAGUGUCCUUGCCUUCACUCUCAUACAGGUUCUUAUUUGUAUGCUGUGGUUAACAAUAUCACCUCCAUUUCCGUUCAAGAAUAUGAAGCACUACAAAGAGAAGAUCAUUCUAGAAUGUGAUGUGGGUUCAGCUGUAGGUUUCUGGGCUGUGCUGGGUUAUAUAGGACUCCUGGCUGUCCUGUGUUUUGUGUUGGCUUUUCUGGCCCGCAAGCUGCCUGAUAAUUUCAAUGAAGCCAAAUUCAUCACAUUCAGCAUGCUGAUUUUCUGUGCAGUGUGGAUCACCUUUAUCCCAGCUUAUGUCAGCUCUCCUGGAAAGUUCACUGUGGCUGUGGAGAUAUUUGCCAUUUUAGCUUCCAGCUUCAGUUUACUAUUUUGUAUAUUUUUACCAAAAUGCUACAUAGUUUUGCUAAGACCAGAAAGGAACACUAAAAAGAAAAUUUUGAGUAAGCUGUAA